CGUUGUGUGUGAGCAAAAUAAACUGAUGUUGUGUCGUCUGCUGCUGCUCUUGUUUGGAUUGUUCAAGCCGAUGGGGGAACAGCUGUCGAUAAGUAGCUAUCAAUUGUUCCCUCCCAAAGACCGGUUCAAGUGACAUGCAUAUUUAUUUCAUGGUGCUUGUUGGAUCUAGGGGUAGGCCCAAGGCUUCCAACCUUUUUUUCUAAUUUAACUAUAGAAGUAGAUCAUUUGAUGUGAUAAUGGUCAGAGUCAAUUAGUGUACUCAGACAUUGUGGUGUUACGGCCAGGAGGCAUAAAAACACUAUGCGAACUUUAGUGGCAAUUAAUCAAUAAAAUCAAGUGUCAUAUUAGAGCAUGCUCGUCCAGUCAUAAUGAAUAACCAUAGGCUAUUUACAUUUAGUUAUCCUAUUUGGAAUUGUCUGUCCCUAUUUCUGACUUUGUACAUGGGAAGCAAAGGGAGUGGGUGAUCUAAGGAGGGGGACGGGCUUAUCCGGGGUAGAAAGUGAAGACCGAGGGCGAAAAAGCAGAGCUGAUCCGUGUUUUCUGCAGAAGGCGAGAGUCCAUUGUAGUCUAUUACUCGUCGAGAGGGACAUGUUCAGGUUAUUCUUAUAACAAACACCCAAAAUGCACUGUUUUGAUUACAAGUGACAUCUAAUCCUUACAAGAGCGAGCACCACCUAUAGGAGAUCGAAAGUGUCUUUUUUUCUUCUUCCAUGGCUCGGUAAACGGAUGCAACAAUAUGCGGAUGGUUUAUACAUCAUCUGGUACAAAAUCUCUGUUCACAGGCGGCAUCUUAAAAAGGAUAGAUAGACAGGCGAUGCCAAACGUCGAGGCACUGGAGAAUGAAAACCUACAUUGAAAGAUCACGUUCGUCUUUGGCCAUCGCCACAUGUUAAAUGGAUACAGAAUGGGUAAAUAAUGACGCUUAUUGUUUUCAGUCAUUCGAUCAUUUAUAUGGGUAUGACAAUAGAAGGUCCUCUAUAGCACCUUUUCAAAAUAGAAAUGUAGCCAAACGAUUUAACCCUGAAAUCACAGGAAACAAACUCAUCAAUGUGUGUAAUGAGGGCAAGAAAUAUGAUGUCCCUAUACUGUAGGCUGGAAAACCGCGUUGCUUAAUAAUACGGCAAAAAAAAAAAUACUGUGUUAAGUAUUUUAAAUGGAUAGUCACGAUGGUGUCAUUUUGGACAUCCAUUUUACAAGUUCUAUUUUUUUUUUCUUUCAUAGAGCGCAACAUGUAGCCUAUUUCCUGCGUGCGCUGUAAAAUCAGAAGUCACGCAUAGUUCUCCGGGGUUAUUCUCAACUGAGGACAGAGGCGCAGUUCUCAAGAUAAAUAUUGGUAGGGAACGACAGACAUUGCUCUCAGUAUCAGUCUGUCAACUACAAAGAAGAAACGAACCUGGGCCUCUUUUGCACAGGCUGUCCAUAUUUCCCAAGAACUUUCUUAAAAAUCCCCAUUUUUCCCAACGUGGAUUGCUAGUCAGGUGACUUCUCAGGUGGGGGGGGGGGCACAAUUCAUGAUCAAACAGCAUCCCAUAUUCUUCACUUCUUUUGAGUUUUCACCAUGGAAACCCCAUGUGAACAAUGGUGAUGACCUUGAUACAAUGAAUAUCGAGAGAAGGGUGGCAAUGUAAACAAAGUUUUGCAUUCGAAAAGAAGCAAAGCUAUAUUAUCGCCCUCACUUCAUUCUUAGUUAGUUUUCCAUGGGCUCGCUUAAGGGAAAUGAACAUGGUCCAGGACAAACUUUAAAUCUCCUUUUGUCUUAAGUCUACAUUUGGAGGAGGACAUUGGAUUGGUGAAUCAACUGACAGAAUGAACUGACACUGUCAGAGACGUGUAACUAACAAAUAUGUGAGCAACGCUAUUCCAAAGUGCAGGGUCUGACAAUCAAGACACUACGUGUGAUUUUAAAGGACAUUUGUGACACCUCAGGGCAAAGGGUUCAGAUUACACACAGGAGAGUAAAAGGGAACCCGAUGAGAGAGCACGAUGUAGGCCUACGUUUGAACCUUACGACAGUACCUUGAGGAAUUUUACACCUGCAGAACUACAAACAGAUUUCCACUUUUUUUUUUACGACGAGGUCACAGGAAGGAUACAAAACUUAGUCAGCAUUCACGAUGCCUCGCAACCGGGCCUUCUCGGAGCCUGAGUACUCAGCCGAGUAUUCGGCGGACUGCUCUGUGACCCUACCAUCGGACCCGGGCCAGGCCGUGGGGCGCGCGCACGAGGUAACGGUUCGCAGCCAAGGGUGCUGCCUCUGCCUCCCACGCUUCAUGCGUCUCACUUUUGCACCCGAGUCUCUGGAGAACCUCUAUCAGACCUAUUUCCGCCGGCAGCGACACGAAACCCUGCUGGUUUUGGUUGUGUUUGCUGCCCUGUUUGACAGCUACAUCAUUGUCAUGUGCGCUGUGGUCUACACAGAUGAAAAGCUGGCCUCUGUGGUGGUGGCAUCAGUAGGCCUGGCAUCCGACAUCCUACUCUAUGUGUUGUGCUGCUACGGCCUGCUACCCGACCGCAUCUCGCGACGUGUGGUGCCCUACGCCCUGUGGGUGCUCAUAGCGGCCCAGAUCUUCUGCUACCUGGGCCUGAACUAUGCCCGCUUCCACCAGGCCAGUGACACAGUGGGCUGGCAGGCCUUCUUUAGCUUCUCCUUCUUCCUGACACUGCCCUUGCGGCUCACGCCCAUUGUGCUGAUCACAUCCGUGUCGUGCGGGGUCCACACCCUGGUGCUGGGGGUCACCAUUGCACAGCAGCAGCAGGAGGAUAUCCAGGGGGCUGCCCUCGGGAGACAGCUGCUGGCCAACGUAGUGAUCUAUGUGUGUGCCAUCACUGUGGGCGUCAUGUCCUACUACAUGGCAGACCGGAAACACCGCAAGGCCUUCCUGGAGGCACGGCAGUCCCUGGAGGUCAAACUCAAUCUGGAGGAACAGAGCCAGCAACAGGAGCGUCUCUUGCUGUCCAUCCUGCCCAAGCAUAUAGCAGACGAGAUGUUACAGGACAUGAAGAAGAAAGAAGCCAGUCAAACAGGACAGAAGGAGAAGCAGCAGUUCAACACCAUGUACAUGUAUCGCCACGAAAACGUCAGUAUUUUGUUUGCAGACAUUGUGGGAUUCACUCAGCUGUCAUCAUCAUGCAGUGCCCAUGAGCUGGUCAAGCUCCUCAAUGAACUGUUUGCCCGCUUUGACAAGCUGGCUGCCAAAUACCACCAGUUGAGAAUAAAGAUCCUGGGUGACUGUUACUACUGCAUCUGUGGCCUGCCAGACUACAGAGAGGACCACGCUGCCUGCUCCAUCCUGAUGGGCCUGGCCAUGGUGGAGGCCAUUUCGUAUGUUCGUGAGAAGACCGGGACAGAUGUGGACAUGCGUGUGGGGGUACACACUGGCACUGUCCUGGGGGGCGUCCUGGGACAGAAGCGGUGGCAGUAUGACGUCUGGUCCACUGACGUCACCGUGGCCAAUAAGAUGGAGGCGGGAGGAAUACCGGGGCGUGUGCACAUCUCCCAGGCCACCAUGGAGUGUCUGCACGGGGAGUUUGAUAUGGAGCCGGGAAACGGCGGCGACCGCUGUGAGUACCUGAAGGAGAGGGGCAUCGACUCCUACCUGGUGGUGGUGCCCAAGGGCCCCCUGGGAAAGAGCGGCAUCAACGGGGUGAAGUUGUCUGUGAUGUCGUCCAAUGGGAACUCUCCAUUGUUGAUCAACACCACUGAGUGUAAUGGGAGUGUCCACACAGCCUGCACCACACCAGACGAGCCAGAGGAGCUGGACACACGGGUGGUGAACCCUUCGUUCCCCAACCCUCGGCGGAGGCUAAGACUGCGGGACCUGGCCGAGAGGGUGAUUGAUGCCCAAGAGAACGAACAGGAGCUCAACAAACUGCUCAAUGAGGCACUGCUGGAGAGAGAGACCGUACAAGCUCUGAAGGGGAAACGCACCAACCGUCUGUCCCUGCGCUUUGUGGACCCUGAGCUGGAGACCCUCUACUCCGUAGAAAAGGAGAAGCAGAGCGGAGCUGCCUUCAGCUGCUCCUGUGUGGUACUCCUGUUCACUGCAGCCAUGGAGGUCCUCAUAGACCCUCGGAUGAUAGCAAACUACGUGACCCUAGCUGUGGGAGAGGUCCUGCUGCUUGUCCUAACUGUCUGCUCUCUGGCGGCCAUCUUCCCUCGAGUUUUCCCUAAGAGGCUGGUGUCUUUCUCCACAUGGAUCGACCACACACGCUGGGCACGGAACACAUGGGCCAUGGCAGCAAUCUUCAUCCUCACCAUGGCCGACAUUGUGGACAUGCUGAGCUGUCCCCGUCCCUCUGGAAACGCCACAAUGGCUCUUCCUUCCUCUGUUGUCCAAUCCGGGCCAGAGGGCUGUCUGGACAACCCCAAGUACUACAGCUACAUCGCCGUGCUGGCACUCAUGGCGACCACCAUGCUGGUACAGGUCAGCCACAUGGUCAAGGUCACACUCAUGCUCCUCAUCACCAUAGCGACGGGCAUCGUCAACAUCUACAGCUGGAGGGACAUUUUUGACCGCUACGAUAUGGCCCGCUUCCAGGACUACAGGUCUUAUCUGGUUCCCUCCAAAUAUGCCAUGACUAUCAUGAUCUUCGUCAUGAUGAUCAGCUUCUACUACUUUUCUCGACAUGUGGAGAAGCUAGCCCGUACUCUGUUCUUGUGGAAGAUUGAGGUCCACGAGCAGAAGGAGAAGGUGUAUGAGAUGAGGCGCUGGAACGAGGCGCUGGUCACGAACAUGCUGCCGGAGCACGUAGCGCGCCACUUCCUUGGCUCCAAGAAAAGGGACGAGGAGCUGUACAGCCAGUCAUAUGAUGAGAUUGGUGUGAUGUUCGCCUCCAUCCCCAACUUCUCGGACUUCUACACAGAGGAGAGCAUCAACAAUGGGGGGAUUGAGUGCCUCAGGUUCCUCAACGAAAUCAUCUCAGAUUUUGACAGCCUUCUGGACGAGUCUCAGUUCCGCUGCAUCACCAAAAUCAAAACCAUUGGCAGCACCUACAUGGCAGCGUCAGGGGUCACUCCCGACGUCAGCAACGGCUACGCCUGUCUGAAGAUGGUUAAGGUAGAGGGCUCUGUUGUGCAGAAAGAGGAGCUGACCGACAGGGAGCGCUGGCAGCAUUUGGCAGAUCUGGCGGACUUUGCUCUGGCCAUGAAGGUCACGCUCAUGAACAUCAACUACCAGUCCUUCAACAACUUCAUGCUGCGCAUAGGUUUGAAUAAAGGGGGGGUGCUGGCAGGAGUGAUUGGUGCCCGGAAGCCUCACUAUGACAUCUGGGGCAACACUGUGAAUGUGGCCAGUCGCAUGGAGUCCACAGGGGUCAUGGGUAACAUCCAGGUGGUGGAAGAUUGCUACCACAUCUUGAAGGAGUACGGAUUCCGUUUUGUGAGGAGGGGACCUAUCUUUGUGAAGGGGAAAGGAGAGCUGCUUACCUACUUUCUGAAGGGUAGAGAAAAACAGGGCUCCUUCAUCAACGGCUCCUCGGUCACCCUGCCACACCAAGUGGUGGACAACUCCUGACCUGCGUGUCAAUGCUCACAGAAACACACACACACAUAAUCAGAAACAUACAUUCUAAUGUAUAAGUGAGAUCUGAAUUCAUGCUUAUACCAACACUCUUUCAGAAUUGCAAAGUAUGUAAGAGGAUAUGUACAUCUUGCAAAGAAAGAAGGUUUGUCCCGCCUCCCCCCACCCUGCCUGUUCAAAUACAUUCUUUGGCAAACUACAAAGCUUUUCAAAAUAGUGCUCAGCUAUUUGCACUACAGACUUAUGAACACAUAUCACCCUACUGUAUAGUCACUAUAUUUACACACAGGCUUAGACAAACACUCUUAUUCAGAAACACCGUCUGACAAACGCACAGUCGUGUAUUCACUACAAUGCCAUCCUUACCACGCACUCAAGCCAGAUGCAUCAUGGCUGUUGGACUAAAUGCCUCAUUUUGAAUACUGUUCCCCCUUUUACAAAAUACUUUAUAUUUGGGAAAAUAAUGGAUUUCAUUGUGUUUGUUACAGUAUCUCCAAACUGCUUGGAGAUGGAGAUGACCUGAGAUAAGAUGGUAGAGUGUUUGAAGGUUAAUAUAUGUGUGUGUGUGUGUGUGUGCUGAACAAGCCUGCAGUGAAAGUAUUCUGAUCCAGAAUCAAGUAACAUGCCCUGUCUCUGUUUGCUAUGAAUUUGGAACACAUGCCUUCUAUGUUCUUCCCCCCCUUUGUUUACAUUGGCACACAUCACUUCUUUACGGCAUCUGAGUCUAUGCUGACAGUGGGCACAGAACCCAGGUGUGAAAUUGGAGACAGGUUGAAUGUUUUUGUGUUUUUUGGAGGCAUUGCAGGUGUGCUGACAAGCAAGAGUGAUUUGCGGUAUUUUAGAGUUUGUGGUCACCGGGUCUUUGUGAGUAGCUGACACCUUUGGCCAUUAUGGGUAUUCCCGGUGGGUAGAAAUGCAGUGCCCUGAAAAAGUAUUUGCCCCCUUUUGGAUUUUCUCUGUUUUUACAUGUUUUUGAUACUAAAUUAGCCGAUCUUCAACUAAAACCUUAUAUUAGAUAAAGGGAACCUGAGUUUACAAAAUAAACUUAUUUUAUUUAUUGAAUUAACAACGUUAUGCAACACCCAAUGCCCCUGUGUGAAAAAUGUAUUAACCCCUUACACUCAAUAACUGGUUGUGCCACCUUUAGCUGCAAUGACGGCAACCAAAUGCUUCCUGUAGUUGAUGAUCAGUCUCUCACGUCGCUGUGGAAGAAUUUUGGCCCACUCUUGCACGCAGAACUUCUUUAACUCAGCGAGUUAACUCGGCGGCUUUUUAGUCAUUUUAAAGUAAACUUGACUUUUGGAUUAAAGUUGACUUACGUUUGCCAUAAAACACCUGGAAGAUCAUCAAGGCUCUUGGAAGAAUGUUCUAAUGAACAGAUGAGUCAAGUGUAUAACUUUUUGGAAGACAUGGGUCCCAUUUAUGCCUGACGAAAAACCAAACACUGCAUUCCACGGUAAGAACCUUGUACCAAUAGUGAAGCAUGGUAGUGGUAGUGUGAUGGUUUGGGGAUGCUUUGCUACCUCAGGACCUGGAUGACUUGCCUUUUAAUAGAAGGAACAAUGAAUUAUGUUCCGUAUCAAAUAAAAGGUUAUUGGUCACAUGCAGAUGUUAUUGUGGGUGUCGCAAAAUGCUUGCUGCAUCAGUAAAUUCUACAGGAGAAUGUCAGGCUUUCUGUGAGCUGAAGCGCAGCUGGGUCAUGCAGCAAGACAAUAAUCCAAAACACAUUUUGAAAUUUGAAGUUUUGGAAUGGCCUAGGCAAAGUCCAGACCUAAUCCCAAUUCAGAUGUUGUGGCAGGACUUGAAAUGAGCAGUUCAUGCUUAAAAACCCACAAAUGUCGCUGAGUUAAAGCAGUUCUGCAUGAAAGAGUGGGCCAAAAUUCCUCCACAGCAACGUGAGAGACUGUGCAACAACUAAAGGAAGUAUUUAAUUGUUGUGUUAUUUGUUCACUCAGGUCCCCUUUAUCUAAUAUUAGAUUUUGGUUGAAGAUCUGAUAAUAUUCAGUAUUAAAAAAAAAUGCUAAAGUAGAGAAUUAAGGGGUCAAAUGACUUUUUCACAGCACUGUAUGUUUGUUUGUUUGUGUGUAUGUAAGGUGGAUAUGUGGACAGUAUUGCAGGUGCAGGUGAGUUUCUUUUGCUCGUAUUGUGUCCCCAUCAGUGUCUUUUCUCUGAAAUUGAAUGAAAGUGUAAUAGUUUAUUCUUCUACAACCCUCUGUCCUCGCUUGCCCCUUACACAAAUUAAAACAUUCCUGGCCCUUUAAUAUUUUUAUAACUAAGUUUAAUUCAUGCUGAGAUUCUAUUUAAAGUGAUGGGAUAAAGGACGAAUGAGUCUCUAAGUUGUACAUACAGUUUACUGUUCAUUAAAUUAAUUUAUUGCAGUCGUCAGGGACAGAUUUCCUUUUUCUUUUUUAAACCAAUGUAAAAGUGCCAAUGUUGAAGGAAUGGCUUUGGUCCCUGUACAUGUGGCCAAAAUGCAGGUCUUUGCUGUUUCUCGAUUUGUAUUUUAAAGAACCUCAGGCUUGGGAAUAAAAUGGCACUUUGAAUGGUUGUAAACUAUCUGUGUUUGAGUUUAAAAAUAAGUUAUUAAUGUAUUUAAAUUAUUUGUCAUUUUCAAGUGUAUUGAUAAAAAAAAAACGGAAUUAAACCAUGGUCCCUAAUACUUUCUUUA